CCCCCCCCGCCACAAAGAUGGCGACGCUGCGGUGAUGGUCGAGUCAGCGGCAGCAGCAGCAGCAGCAGCGACUGUGAUUUCGUCUUCCCGUACUCCCCGCCACUAACGAGGAGCCACUCGCUCGUAGCGACGACAACGACGACUCCACCUUCAGCCACCACCACCACCAAACUCUCUCUUCAAGGAGCUCUGCGGUCCGCCUGUGACACCUCCAUUCCCCGUCGUACCCAAUGGACGACCUGGGUGAGAAGUCAGAGGUUUACUCACCGCUCAGUCCCCGAGUCGUUGUUUUUGACGCCUUGCUCGCCGACCUGGAGUCGACCACGUCGCACCUGUCCAAGCGUCCGGCGUUCCUCCAGGAAGACCCGUACACCGUGCCCACGGCAUAUCCCGGGGACGCCGGCGCCCCGCACGCCGCCUUCGGCAACAGCCACGCGCAGCGCGCGAGGCCAGGGGACGACGUGCCCCCGCCCAUCCCACCCCCGCCGUCCCUGCAGGCUCUCAACGGCGGCGACUCGGACGACUUCCACCCACGCCCGCCGCCACCCCCCGCCUACGUCCCCAGUUACAACAACCAGGUGGCGGAUAGCAAGGGGCAAGCGAGGCCUGGCGUUCCCGGUGCCCCACGUGUGGUGGCUGCGUCCGGAGACCACGAACACAUCUACAGUUUGCCGAACAAGCCCAAGUCGGCCGAGCCGUCGCCCUCCUACUCGUCGUCCUUCGGCCUGGGCAGCAACCUGUCGGAGCUCGACCGCAUCCUUCAAGAGCUCAACUGCGAUCAGUACUCCUUGCCCGGCAACGAUGCUGUUGCCCCCACCGGUCAAGUGCCGGGUGGCCACGACGCCGACUUCCCCAGAAAGGAAGGAGGGGCGGCGGUGGUGUUUCAGGGCGGCCCGGGGGGGGUACCACUGGCAGGUGGAGCGGCCGGGGACAAGGGCUUCGGCCCGGUGGGGGCCGCUGGGGGCCGCGGGGUGCAGCCCCAGGCGCGGCCUAGCGUGGACAACCUUCUCAGCGAGUUGAAGGGCUCCGUGCCGCCCGCCGAUGCCGCCAGGACGGCCGUCGCCGCUCAUCCGGUUUCGCAGCCGUCGGUGAAGCUUUCCGCCGCGGCCGGCCACGGCACAGCCUCCCACGCCGCUCCGAGCCUGCAGCAGCAGCAGCAGCAUCAACAGCUGGCACAACAACAGCAGCAGCAGCAGCAGCCUGCUAUGAACAUGGCCGUGGGUCAAGGCGGCGCGAUCCAAAACAGGCUUCCGCCGGGCGGCGGCGGCGGCGGUGGCGGUGGCGCUCCGCUGCUGCAGCAGCAACCCGGCGGCCAGUGGGAGGGCCCCGCAGCCGGCGCAGGCCAACCGCAGAUGCUGGGGGCGCCGCUGCCUCAGCCGCAGCAGGCUCGCAUCUCGGCGUCGUCGGCGACGCGGGAGCUGGACGAGCUCAUGGCGUGUCUCUCGGACUUCAAGCUGCAGAGCAACAUCCCUGGGCAGGCCGGCGGUGUGAUCCAGAACAAAGGUGGAGCCCAAACAGGCGACCAGCUGGACAGCAUGCUGGGCAGCUUGCAGUCUGACCUCAACCGCCAGGGAGUGGCCACCCUGGCCAAGGGCCAGUGCGCCGCCUGCCUCAAGCCGAUUGCCGGACAGGUGGUGACGGCCAUGGGCCGCACGUGGCACCCGGAGCACUUUGUGUGCACCGAAUGCCAGGAGGAGAUCGGCGCUCGCAACUUCUUUGAGCGCGACGGCCUCCCCUACUGCGAGAAGGACUACCACUUCCUCUUCUCUCCCCGCUGCGCGUACUGCAGCGGCCCCAUCUUGGAUAAAGUGGUGACGGCUCUGGACAAGACCUGGCACCCGGAACACUUCUUCUGCGUUCAGUGCGGACACUUCUUCGGAGAUGAAGGUUUUCACGAGAAGGAUGGCAAACCCUACUGCCGCCAAGAUUACUUUGAGAUGUUUGCCCCCAAGUGCGGAGGCUGCAGUCGGGCGAUCGUGGAGAACUACAUCUCCGCCCUGAGCGCGCUGUGGCACCCAGAGUGCUUUGUGUGCCGGGAAUGCUUCACCCCGUUCAUCAAUGGCAGCUUCUUCGAGCACGAGGGCCAGCCCUACUGCGAGGUUCACUACCACGAGCGACGCGGCUCGCUCUGCUCCGGCUGCCAGAAGCCCAUCACGGGCCGCUGCAUCACCGCCAUGGCCAAGAAGUUUCACCCGGAGCACUUUGUGUGCGCCUUCUGCCUGAAGCAGCUCAACAAGGGCACGUUCAAGGAGCAAAACGACAAGCCCUACUGCCACCCCUGCUUCAUCAAGCUCUUCGGGUGAUGCGCACGCCAUCCAACCGACGGCGUCUCCCGAGGCCCACAGUGUUCUGGACUUUGCCAACCGAGAGGGGUCAUGAGUGGAGAUUCAGUUCAAUGGGGGGUGUUGUUGUUGUUGUUGUUUGGCGUAAGUUACUUUAGAAUGUGGGAAAGGCUAAUUUGGCGAGGGGUAAGUACACCCCAGGGGGCAUUUAAAACUUUUGUUUAAAUUCCCCACUUUAAAUAUCCUCUCCAGUGGAGGUCCUUUUGCCAGCGGUCACUUGAGCAAGUCAUUGCAGAGCUGCGCAUUUUCUACUUUAAAGUGUAACUCCCGAAAAUAUUUGACCGCAGUUUGUGCGUCCGUCUUCUUUAAUCUUGAGACUAAAUGUAAUGUUUAAAAUUCAUGCCUCGGUGCUCAGAUGAGCUCUUCCAUUGGCUGCGCAGAGCUGUGGGUGUAAAUUCCACAUUCCAAUAGCAGGGGCCAGCAUCUCCAUCAUCGAGAAACCACAUUUGGCUUCUCGUAGAAGUGGUAUUUUAUAUCGGUUUUGCAUAGUUUUUUAGGGAAACUGAAGUCAUAAACGAGAGAGGAUGAAUUGGAGUUAAUGUUAACAUUCUUGCCUUGAAAAGGCACUCAUGCCAACAAACCCUGUUGACUGAACCUCUUAUUACAUGACUCAGAAUGGGCAGAGGGAUAUGGCCAUAUACUGUGUCCAGGGAUGACUUGUAUACCCACCUUGACACGCUCGUAGAUACCAAGUUGCAACGCGUUUUCAGGGGUGCCUGUCCCCAUAACGGCAGAUCCCGUUGUAGUACUGCUACAUUUAAAACAUCGCAUUGGUUGCAGUACUGCUAAAUUUAAAACAUCACAUUGGAAGAAAGGGAGCCAGGCUCGAGAGAUGGGCUACAUUUCUAAGUGUGGUUCUUUUGGCCACGGGUCAAUAAUGUUUGUUGCAGUCAAAACUCGUCAUGGAUUUUACUUGGGUGGAGCUUGCUAACCUUUGGAGUUCAUGGAAGAGGUUGUGAUAUGGGUGGGACACAUGGGCAGGAUGGAGGGGAGGGUGGGUGACUGAGAUGGGCAUUGCAGCGGCAGCCAGAGGUUGGUGACCCCCGGGAAGACCUAAAGCCAAGUCAUGGUGGUGGUGGUGAGGGUGAUGAGACACGGAGUAGAACCUGGAGGUGAGGUAUUGACUCCAACAUUUGCAAUAUCUUAACAGACAGAAUAAAGUGGUGGUAAGGUGGUGGGGCUUGAAUGGCAUUGGCUGUGGUGGCAUCUUGACCUCUGCCUUUGAGAUAAUGACAUUUCUAACACAACUCUGUGUCCUCGAGUCAUUUGCUUAGUGACCCUGUGGUUGAUUUAGAGUGGUUGACACGUCCAUCAAAUGUCUAGCGCCCGAUGAACUGCAAAUUGCAUUUCAAGGGUUUGACUCGCAUUUGGCAUAUUCUGGGUUUAGCAUUCAAUCUGAAAUUAAAAUGUAAACGCCCUCUCUGAGUUGCCAUCACAUACACCCACAUUCGGCUUCAAAUGGGACUCAUUAAAGCAAUAGCAACCCCAUUCUGAUUCCACUUACAUUGAGGUCACAAGCGUCAUCGCCAUCUUCCUGCUGUGGGUAGCUUCAUCCCGUUGCGUCUCUUUCGACAGACAGGGUACAGGUAACAUGUGCCAAAACAUGUCGCGCGGAGGGUUGUUGGUCAUUGCCGUGCGGUGAUUACUCGACCUGGUGCUAUCGUUGAAGUGUAAGAGAGUCCACAAAGGAUGAGGAAUAGGACUGUUCAUCCCAAGAAUAAAAAUAAGAACGUUUGGUAUUUGCGCAAUUCUUGCAGCGUAAGGCGCUACGCUUCGCAGACGAGUACAGCUUUCAGUAAUUCUUCAAAUUCGGCAAAUAUGGACCGUGAUGCCCCGGCGCACGCGGCUUCCGACUCAUCCUCAAACAACGUACACGGGAUCUCAGAAUCAGAAUCCUUCUUUAUCCUGGAAAAAGCCGACGAGCUACGGAGCUCUUUUGUACAGAUGUCCAGCAGGCGCACGCGGUCCGAAAUCUCCAACGUCCGCUGUGAUCUCCGAUGGCCACCUUGAAGCGGACCGCGCGUGGUAUUAUAUAUAUUUUUUUACCGUCAAAUGCGCCCGCGGUAUUAACCGGGUGGGGCGACCGCGGGGCUCGAACCGCGAACCUUCCGCGACGGCAAAGCGCGCCCGCUCUCCCUCUCUGCCGCGUCGCCGCCCCCCCAAGCGAGCGCCACUGCCCCCCUCCCCGCGUUGUGGAGACGCUCCGCGCCCACCGCCGAAUGUUGACUGCAGCGAGAGGGCAAGAGGCCACAAUUUCCCAAAAUGCAUUGUCCACCAGCAAAGCAGGGCCUGCGUAUGGCUUCAGAGGCUUAAUGUCAUUGGAUUUUACUCUUAUAUCGCAUCCUACACAUGGCAACAUUUUCAGUGUUUUUUACAUAUAUAGAAAAAUAGAAAAUGACGGUACAGUACUCGGGAAAAAAAAAACAAGGUAAUAAAUCAUGCAAUCGCCAACGGUCCUUUAGGCAUUCACAGUUAUUCGUUUGAAAACCACAGCAAUAUCCGAUCCUUUUAAUUCUUCGAUUAUUGACGGCACGGCCGACUUGCUCCACUUGCUCUUUCUUCUGUCCAGUGAGCUUUGACGGUCAUCUCCUCGCCGAUGUUUAAGUGUCCCGCUGUCGCGAAUACUGCGCCACGCAGGGAUGGUUUCUGCACCCUGUUACACAGAACCAGUUUGUACCGAUUUAACCACGGGCUAUAAUCAUGUGAAGACGGGCUUAAGGAUUUAAAAGAACAGGGUUAUGGACAUGUGCACACACCAGUGAAGUUCCUUCCGUUGGGAAUGUUAAAAGAGUUAUGGACUGAUAAGAAAGAGGCGUUUUUUGAGGACUAUUAAAAAAAAUGUUUUCAUUUCAAGCGCCGUGCAUGUGACGCUUAAAGAGCGUGCACACAUCACACGUGAUGGUGCAUAACGCUGCCAACAUCGGGCACUGUGUGGGGAUGGCAAAGCGCGCGGGGCCUUGAAGAUAUUUUAUGCAUUGCGAUGUAAUGGGAAGAGAAGGGCCUCUUUAUUUUUGUAAUCCGGUGGCGUCCGUGUCAGAAAUGUCGGCGUCUCCUUGCUCAAAAACGCGCACGGGAAAUUCUGCUCCCCCUUUUGUCACACUCCCUGAGGCCGUCGGUGAGAAAUUCCACGUUCCUGUGGCAGGGGCUCAAAUUGUUAUUCGUUCUGUUGAUGCUCGAGAGAUAACGGUAUUGGGGUGAGUUGAAUUCCUAACCUAUCCUAUUGGGGGUGGGGGGUGGAGGGGGAGUCGAGUGGUCUUGUGGCGUAGGAGGGAUUGGGGUUCUCACGUGCCAUGGUCACGAUGCGAAGAUCGAAGACUCGGAUUUGCCACAGAAGUGGGUCGUCGGUUGGCAGUGCCUUGGGGUCAAUGUUGAGGUUUGUCCAGAAAUAUAACGAGCUUUUUGCCGAUCUCACGUCGGCAAAAGUUGGGCCGGCAGACGGAGCAAAUGUGGUCGAAAAUCACCCCCUUCUAAUUGCCACGGUGUUGGGUGGCAUUCGUACUGAACGUGUCAGAGUCUCUGUGCCUUUUUCUUUUUAUUCAGUGGUGAUUUCCAAGUGAGGUGUUUUUGUUUUAUUUACAUUUAUAGAAUGCCACUUUGGCGCAUUGCAUCCUGGUUUAGCUGUUUUGAAAGGCCGGGGACAUUCGAGUCCCAUUAUCGGUGCAGUCUUCCCUCGUUUGCGGAGGGAUACGUUCCGGAGAUGCUCGUAAUUAGCAUGAUAGUGGCUCUUCAGAUAUCGUACGCCCGACGUCUGCAGAUGCUUCGAGAAGUUCUGUAUCUCUCUCAUCACUUCUCACAUGAAAUUCUCUCUCAUAGCUUUAUAUCUCAUUAUCACUUUAUCUCUCCCUCUCGAUGCAGCAGUCGUGUAGAGUUCCUGACGCGAUUCGCGGAUAGCCAAAAUUGCGGAUAGCAAGUUCGUGAAUAGCGAGGGAAUACUGCAGUUUAAAUUUCCCACAUCCAGGGUGAACUUUGUCCUGUGUGGACCCCACUGGGUUAUAACAGUUGAGAGACUGCUGUUCCCCUCCUUCAUAACCACCGUAUUACCGUGAUGACUAACCAGAGGUUUACUGUUUGCCAAUCUAUGCAAAAAUAAUCCGAUAUGUAACGUUAAUUAACUCGAUAAGAUUGGUUCAUUCCUUUACAACUGUGGUGUGCUGUUUGCGUUGAAGAUAUUUUGUCAUUCAUGUGUUAAUGUACACGCAACAUUAUUUGUCCCUAACGGAGGUUUUUUUCGAGUUAGAUCGUGUAAAUUUAAAUGUGUCGUUAAACCCGCCACUACCCUACACGUUUAUGUUUACGGGAUCUUAACACGGAAACCCUCUUGUGGUUAAUUUUGAUCGCGAAAGCCUCCUACGUGUUCAAAUGAUUCGUCCGGUUUGUAAUGCGUUUGUCAAUUGCUGCUGUCGCAUUUUGUAGUCAUUUCAUUGGUGUAGAUUAGAUUGGUGAAUUCAUAAAUAAGUUUGUUGUACAAUACACAAAUUAAUGCUUUUUUAUUUACGUUACAAAAUCAUCAUUUGGUGCACUAACAAACAGCUUCUUUUGUCGGUGUAGAGUUUUGCAUUUGAAAUAAACAAAAAGUCUGGGUAUAUAUAAAUAUAAAGUCUGGUAUGCAAA